ACCUAACCUCUCCUUCCCUUGCAGGUUUUUAUCAUCUUUGGGCUACCUGUGGUCAUUUAGCUACCGGGCUCUCUUUUUUCGAAGAUACAAGGCAACGUGUGAGACAAAAUGUCUUCCAAAUUUGAAUAUACAAGAGCAAUCGUUUGUGGAAUUCCAUCAUCUUUACCAGCACAAGCUCAGCGCCUGGAAGAACCUGGGGAGGGAGUUGAUCUCUUGAAAGCCCGCAAGCAACAUGCGGAGUACGUAUCCACGUUGAAGAAGCUUGGCCUGGAGGUGACGGAGAUGACGCCAGAUGAAAACUGCCCUGACUGUGUAUUUGUCGAAGAUACUGCUGUGUGUGUCGAUAACUCCGCUUUAAUACCUAUCCUAGGCCAUCAAAGUAGAAGACCCGAGGCAUCAAGGAUGAAAGACACCCUAGAAGGAUUAGGAUUUAAUGUCAUUGAAAUGCAAGACCCGGCGAUACUGGACGGAGGGGAUGUGCUAUUCACCGGUAGGGAGUUCUUCGUUGGGGUGUCUACCAGGAGUAAUAUGGAGGGCGUAGCGGAGUUAGCAAAGGCCUUCCCUGAAUACCCAGUUAACUCUAUCAAAGUUGUUGAACAUUUGCAUCUAAAAUCAAUGAUGACGAUGGGAGGGCCAGAUGUUAUCUUUGUAGGAGCUAGCAAAGUAGCAAGUGAUGCCUGGAAUGAAUUGGAAUCCAAGGCCAAAUUCAAGUAUCAAAAGCUUGUACUUCCAGAAGAUCACGCUGCUAAUUGUUUGUACUUGAAUGGUACACUUGUACAUCUUGCACCUCAUGAGAUUCCUGAAAGUAUUUCUGUUUAUAGGAAAUUACCUGGGCCAAAGAUCGAGCUAGAAAAUUCAGAACUGCAUAAAGUUGACGGUUGUCUGACUUGUAACUCCAUACUUCUUUGUUAGACGUCAGUGUGGGCGUAACAUACAUACUAUACAGUACAUAUAUUAUGUAAUCAACAUAACCAAAGGCAUUUUCUGAGUAUGAUAAACAUUCUGGUCUAUCUUGAGUACAAACAACACCAUAUAAAGAAUGAUGAACAAGAUGCUUGUACUCUAGCUAGACCACAAUGUACCAUAUGCAUGGUUGUGUAACCAGGUGAAAUUUAAUAGUUUUAUGUAACAUUUGUUUCAUUUUGCUCACAUAGCAAAGCAAGGUAUUUUCGGAGAAUAGAAUGUGUUCCAGGUUAAGGGAGCCUGAUGUUAUAGAAAGACAGCAAGGGUUUGUCUUUGUUAAUCUAUUAGUUAAUCCUUGUGUAAACAUGUUAUAGGAUACUUUAGUUGUCACAGGAAAUUAGAACAAAAACACCCUGUUUAUAAACCUGUUUUAAACUUGUUAUCAAUUAACUGUCAAUCAUUUUGUAACCAUGCUCAUAUUACUUGUGAUUUGUAACAAUAAACCAGUUCUUCCUGACCUUCGUAUGGUCCACAUU